GGUCGAGCAUCCAAUUCGGACGAACAAGUAACCUCUUUGAUGUGAGGUGCUAAGGGUACCUUGCCUGCCGCAACGACAUCCCCGCAACAUGCCGAUCGAGAGACAGGCGUACACCAUAUUCACCAGCGACCUUGCGCUCGCUCGCUUAAGUCAGACAAACUGUUGGACAUAAGGGGGCGCUGAGCGCAGGGAUCGCAACAUCAUGUCGACUGAACAUGCCACAGCGGUGCAAGAGAUUUCGUCCUUGUACUUGAGGCCUCGCACUGCGAAGACUCGUCUGCUUUCUGAACUGCUCUCCGCUCCGGACACUCGACAUCAAGAGAUUUGUCAACAUUUGACACUUGCAGAUUGUGCAGCUGCCUCGAGUUGGCGAAGCGGCCAUGAGGAAGCACCUGGGGAGGCGCUCACGUGUCAGUCGGUGCACUUUGAAGUGGUCAUGUAUCCGCAGACAGAUCUCAGCUAUGGUCACUGCAGCUACCUCAAUACUUGCCAUCGAACGACGACAUGCAAAUAUCUUCAUUUUCGUCCCGUGCGAUCCAGCGACGCAAGCCCAUUUGCCUGGCAUUCCAAGCUGCGCGAACCUUGUCCCCAGGUCUAUGACUCCGCCAACGCAGGAGCUUCUCCAACAUCUCGUGCAGCGGUAUCGGAGGGUCUGGUGUCAGGUGAAAAUGAGUCCGGCCCGGAAGCUGCUACCCAACUCUUCGAGACGGCAUCAGUGCGGCACCCUCUUCAUGCCCUUCAGCAAGUCGGCGCGCAUACUUGGUAUGGGGGAGGUGGUGGGGGUGGCGGACCUGGAGUGGCCAGCGAGGCUGCCCCACCAGUGCAGCUGCCUCCACAAUGGAUGGAUGUGGAUCUACGAGAUUUUGACUAUAGCAUGCUGGGCAAAGUUGACGUUAUCUUGGCCGAUCCUCCAUGGGACAUUCACAUGAGUUUGCCGUACGGAACAAUGACGGACGAUCAGAUGAGGUCAAUGCCUCUGGCUCAACUGCAAGAUGAGGGCUUUAUCUUCCUGUGGGUCACCGGAAGAGCGAUGGAGCUGGGCCGAGAGCUACUUGCAAUGUGGGGCUAUGCUCGCGUCGAUGAGCUCGUGUGGGUCAAGGUUGGCCAAACACAAAGGCUGAUUCGGACCGGCCGGACUGGACACUGGCUGAAUCAUACCAAAGAGCACUGUCUGGUCGGAGCGAAGCGCAAACCUUUGAGAGACUUAGAGGAGACCCCACAACUUGCUAGUCCGCUUUCAAACCUGAGUCAGAUCUAUCCGGCAGCUCAACUUGCAGGAGCGCGAUCCGCCGUUCCUAGCUGGGCUCAUGCUGGUCUUGGUGCGGACGUAAUUGUUUCGGAAGUAAGGGACACCAGCAGGAAACCUGACGAGUUGUACGGCUUGAUAGAGAGGCUCUGCCCUGGAGGUAGGAAGAUCGAACUCUUUGGUAGAAAGCACAACGCCAGGCCCGGAUGGAUCACGCUAGGUAAUCAGCUCAAAGGUGAUCGCCUAUACGAUCAGCAACUGCUAGAGAAGUUGAAUACAUGGCGAGCAGGCAAGUGGAUCACUUAAUGGCUCGCCACACUUCUCGCUGAUGGGCUCAGCUGCAUAUAGCCUCUUCUACUCUUGACUCUUUGGAGUCCACGAUCUAAGGAGGGCCUCAUU